UUGGUGUCAACCGUAGCUGUUGGAGGAAUGAGAAUACCUAUAGAAAACACUAAUAAUGAUAAUUUACAAAUAGUCCCUAGUGCAAGUACAACUUCUGAAAGUCUUCAAGUUCAACCCAUUUAUUAUACUGCAAAUGCGCAGAAUCUGGACAGCUAUAUAAUACCUGACCCCCAUAAGACCCCUCAAAUCCAGCAAGAGGUAAUAGAGGAAAUACCGACACCUGCGACUUAUUUACUGCCACCUUCACCGUACGCUCGCAAUGAAUUCUUCUUAGCAACUACUGAAACUAACGAGGAAAGCGAUUGGUAUCCCAUUCAGAGUGAUUCUCAAAAACAAAGUAUCAACGAAGGUCAGCCACUUGAAGAAUCGAAUCUUAGAUCGGGUAAAGCAUUGCAUAGGGGACAAGUUUUUUCAGUCCCCAUAAGGAAUCUUCUGCCCCCGAAAGAAAAUGCUCCCAAUGACUUCAUUGUCGUCUCACCGUCUGUGGAACUAGAAUUACCAAUAGAAGAAAUAGAUCAUACCAUAAAUAAUCCCACUGCAGAGAUUACCAAGCUAAGAACACCAAAAACAGAAAAACACCAUUUUAAAAUAGACAACAUACCACAUCGUCAUAUUUCACCCCCUAAAUAUAAUCUUCAAAAAUACACAUAUCCAACUAAAUUGUAUCCAAAGAAAUAUAUUGGUGAAUUUAAACCUAUACCGAUACCAAUUUCUCAAUAUAGCGAUGGUUCAACGGACAUACCUGUUGCUAGACCUGUGAAAGUGAUUAGUCCAGAUGACAUUAAAAAUGGUUAUGUACCCAUAGAGAACAUUGAAAACUCAUAUGAAAACAUUCAAAAAUUAAAUCAAAACAAUGAAGAGGCCAAGACAACUGCUGAAACUGUAGCGCCCCACAGUGAAGUUGUUCCGUCUGAACAAGAUACGUCUGAAACAAACUUCCGACAUCCGAUACGCGACGCUCAUUCAGCACCUGCGAAGCAGAUAUCUCAGAAGCAUAUUCCGUUAAAGUCUGACGGCAAACGCACUGAAUUUCGAAUGCAUGGGAUGAAAGGUCCCCAUAGCUAUCAAUUUGGUUACGAUACUGGAAAAGGGAAAAAUCGUCAAUUCAGAUACGAAGAAAGGGAUAAUGACGGCCAUGUCCGAGGCCAUUAUGGUUAUGUUGAUAGAGGCGGGAAACUGCGUGUUGUAAACUACGAUGCCGAUCCUGUUCACGGUUUCCGGGCCGAGGCGCCGGUGGAAAAAGAUACGGAAUAA